AUGAAUCACCCCCUCUCUUUCCACCCCUAUUUCCCCUUCCCACCCACUUCCCCGUGUCUUCCUGACCGUGGCCUCCACCAGGAGAUAGCGCGCCUGCUGCAUAUGGACGAGGCGGCUCUGCUUCUUGAGGCGCUCAAAGUUUCCCGCCCCUUUUUCUCUUCCCCGUUGUGCCGAGGUGACUUUGAGUCGACUCAAAAGUCUUUCUCUUCCCCGUUGUGCCUUUCUUGCCGCCUCCCACUCGCUCACCAGGAGAUAGCGCGCCUGCUGCACAUGGACGAGGCGGCUCUGCUCGCCAUCACCCGUGCACCCUCCUUGCCGCCUCCCUUCCGCUCUGCCCUCAUGCGCCUGCAAGCCUUCCUUGCUUCCUUCGAGGGGCUAAUCCAAGUCGGCUUUUCUCAGUCGCAUCCUAACUCAGGCACCAACUCAGCAGGUGUCAAUGCCUGCAAGGGGGCAGGGGGGAAGCAGCAAAGCAGGGCAAGGGAGUUGACGAUAUUCCACAUGAGCACAGGCUGCAGAGGGGUAGAUCUCAACCUGAUUUCGGAUAGAGUGGCUUCUGCAUGGGAGAGCUCUCACUCUCACCCUCAAUCUCGAAAGCAACUUUCUACCGUCGUCGUACACUCAAAGAUGGCGGCUUUCAAUCCCCCACACGACCUGAUCCAAACGAUCACUGAAACCACUACUACCGCUAGUGACCCGUUCGAGAAUUUCCCAGAUGAUCUACUCGUCCUGAUAUUCCGCCACGCCAUGCAAGGACCCCCCGCAUCACCCGCCGCUCCUGCCGACAACCAGCAGGACCCUUCCACCACCGCAUCGUCACCUUCCUCCGCCUCCCCCGCCGCGUCAUCCGCCGCCUCUCCCGUCGCCUCCUCCACCGCCGCCUCCGCCGUUUCCUCCGCCGCCUCCUCCGCUGCUGCCUCCGCCGCCCUCUCCGCCGCCUUCUCCGCCGCCUCGGCCAUCUCCUCGUCCCCCGACCCCGUCUGCCCGUUCUCCCUCGCGCUCGUAUCUUCCCGCUGGCUGCGCCUCGCGUAUCUCGCCGUGCCGUCCAUCGACCUCACGCAGCGUCGCGCGAUUCCCGCGUCGGAUCUCGCGCGGUCCGUCGCUCGCAUGCCGAAUCUCGCCUUGCUUCACGUCGCCGUGGACCCUCCGGCUUCCCUCACAGACUCGCUUUUAGCGGCGAUCGCGCGCGCGUGUCCCGCGCUUGCGGAUCUGACUCUGUCGCCGUACGGUUCGUACACGAACGAAGGUCUCGAUACGCUCUUUUCGCGUUGCACGCGCUUGACAAAACUCGAUCUAAACUGUCCGCGCACGGUCACCGCGUUUCCAGGAAGCAUCUCGAAUGUAACUGGGCUGGUUUCUCUUAGCAUUUCGUCAGGCACCCUUUCUCACUUACCUGACGAAAUUGGCGCGCUUCACGCUCUAGAAUCCCUGUAUUUAGAAACAGAUAAUCUUGAAUCGCUGCCCGAAGCUUUGGGCAGCCUCAGCAACUUACGGGACCUGGAGCUGGUGGAGUGCACCGCUUUAUCCGCCCUGCCCAAUACACUCGGGCAGCUCUUGAAACUAUCUCAUUUCUGUGCCAUGGGGUGCGAGGAUCUAGUCACUCUCCCCAAUUCAUUCUGCCGGUGUUCUGCCCUAAACACCCUCGACCUCGCCCUGCCAAACCUUUCCAGGCUGCCCGAUAAUUUUGGGCAGCUGCGCAGCCUACGCUCGCUAAACAUUUGUUCCUGCCAUGCUCUUGACGCCCUACCCGCAUCCUUCACCCAGCUAUCCUCCCUCCAGCUGUUAGACCUCAGCGAAUGUUUUUUUCAGCUGCCCGAAGACUUGGGAAAUUUGACCAGUCUGAGAAGGCUGAUGGUCAGUGAUUGCAGUGCGCUCAUUAGUCUGCCCGCCUCCCUGCCCCAGCUUUCCCUCCUAGAAUGCCUGCGAAUCACGGGCUGCAGCCAGAUUCGUUCUCUGCCCGAGAAUAUCGGGCAGCUCUCAGCAGUUGAAGCGCUGUAUCUGUGCAACUUAAGUGAUCUACAGAGUCUACCCGAGUCCAUUGGGCACUUGCAAAAGCUUCAAUCACUGAGACUACAUGGUUGUGACUCACUUCAACUGCUCCCUGAGUCCUUUCCACUGCUUCCCACUCUGCACACUCUUGAAAUCAGCAGCUGCGGCUCUCUCUCCUCUCUGCCUGAAAACUUCAGCUCCUUACAGAAUCUCCAACAGCUCAGCAUCAGCUACUGCCCGAGAAUCUCACAGCUGCCCGCCAGCCUCACGCACUGCCCGUCCCUGCAGCGGCUAUUCAUCCGCUGCUGCUCGGGCCUCACAUGCCUGCCUGAAGCCAUCGGUUCUACCCCUCGGCUAGUCGAGCUUGAUGUGGAUAGCUGCAGGGGCGUUCGCACUCUGCCCUUCUCCCUCGCCCAGCUGUGCGUGCCGCGCAAUGGCUUGGUGGCACGGGUGCGCAUUGCCGCGUGCUGCCGGAAAGCAGAUGUGGAUUUGAUUCUCCAGGACCUGGUGGAUGAAGAGGGGCUGGUAGAGGUGAGGAGGAGGGGACAGGAGGAAGAGGAGCAUGUGGAAAGUAGUGAGGAGGAGGAGGAGGAGGAGGAGGAAGAGGAGGAAUGA